AUGGUGCGUGCUGCUAGUGCGAAGCUGUGGUGGACUUUUCGCACUGAGCACACGCUAUGGACAGAUUUCAUGCGGGCAAAGUAUUGUAGCCGGGUUCACCCGGUUGCAAAACUUGUCCGGACUUCAGACUCUCAUACCUGGAAGCGGAUGUUGGCUGUUCGUGAUGAGGCAGAGCGUGCCAUGGGCUGGCGGUUGUUCCAAGGCCGGGUUAAUUUCUGGUGGGACAACUGGUCGGGUCUUGGUCCGCUUGGCAGAUUAUACCCUUUCCCGGGGGUCUCGUACUCCCGCGCUCCGCUUCUUGACUUCGUUACUGAUGGCGUCCUCGACCUGUUUGAUCAUCCGGACUUGGCUUUGGCCGGGUUACAUGUGGACUUGUCCCGACUUGGGCAAGGACCGCGAGAUAUUCCUGUUUGGCGUCCAGCAUCCGACGGUAUGUUUUCUUUCGCUACGGCGAAGUCCUUUUUGCGACCUGCUAGGCUUGUUGACCCGGAUCCCUUCCUUGCUAGAUGUUGGCAUAAGCACCUUCCUUUUAAGGUGUCUUUCUUAGCGUGGAGGGUGUUUCGGGGUCGCCUGCCUACGGAUGACGUCAUAUCUCGUUUUGGCCAUGUGGUCGUCUCGAGAUGUUGGUGUUGUCCAGCUCCUGCUUUUGACUCCAUUGCACAUAUUUUUUACUCAGGAGACACAGCUCGUGCUGUGUGGCAUCAUGUGUUUGCGUCCCUCGGCCUCCAGUCACGCCAUAGGAGUUUACGGACUUUGAUCGCUAGCUGGGGGCGGAGUGGUACGCAUAACCCUCUUCGCUCUUUUGUUCUUUGCAGGUUGCCAUAUCUGGUUCUCUGGGAACUCUGGAAGCACCGCAAUGGGUGCUUACACGGCCGAGAUACCCCGAGUGUUGCGCGAGUUAUGUUUGGGGUAGCUCGGGGCGUGGUUGAGUGCCUAUAUCGGCGGUGGCCGGGUCAGCAUAUCCUCCCGCCUAAUUGGAGGAUGAUUGUGUCUUAUCUGGAGGCACAUGUGCCUCGCCGAGUGAUCCGUUCUGUUCGUUGGUCCCCCCCUUCUUCUGGUUCUCUCAAGCUUAAUCUUGCGCUUUUGGCUUCAGAAGGGGGGGCGGCUGCCUUGGUCCGUAACCAGGGUGGCGGGCUUUGCUACGGGGUUUCCUGGUCUAGGCAGGGGGAGACUAUUCGGGGCCUUUUCCGAGUUCUCUUUUCUUGUCUGACUUGGUGCCUGGACGGAGGUCAUCGGGUUCUUGUGGUGGAGACCUCUGUCCUUGACCUGGAGGCUUACUUUGAUGCUUCGGCCACCACACCUUGGUAUAUGGAUGCCGUGGUCUCCAGGCUGCAUUUCCUCUGUUCCUGCAGCACUAUCAGUUUCAUGCUAUGUCCUCCCCGGGCGAAUCUCCCGACUCAGGCUCUUGCAGAUUGGGCCCUUGAUACACCUGGGGAGACUGCCUUCGUUACAUUUGCUGCCUUACCACCUAGGGUGCGCGCUCUCCUCAUCCAUGAUGACGUGCCCUAUGUUUUCUUCGACUUUGCGGACCCGCCUUGA